CUUUUCAAUUGUGGCAACAGCUGUUUCGUCCAAGCCACGGUCUCUCUCUUUUUAUUAGCCGCCCGUUACUGACAAGAGACGGGUGCUGAAGAUCUUAAAGUUGCAGUUCAAAAACUAAAACUCCAAGAUGGUGAACUUUACGGUAGACGAGAUCCGUGGUCUUAUGAACCACAAAAGAAACAUCAGAAACAUGUCUGUUAUUGCUCAUGUAGACCACGGAAAAUCAACAUUAACUGAUUCUCUCGUAUCUAAAGCUGGUAUCAUCGCAGCAGCUAAAGCUGGUGAAAUGAGAUUUACUGAUACCAGAAAAGAUGAACAAGAAAGAUGUAUUACAAUUAAAUCAACCGCUAUAUCUCUAUAUUUUGAAUUACAAGAAAAAGAUUUAGUAUUUAUUAAAGAUGAUUUACAAAAGGAAAAAGAAACCCGAGGUUUCUUAAUUAAUCUGAUCGACUCUCCUGGUCACGUUGAUUUCUCUUCCGAAGUAACUGCAGCUUUGAGAGUCACUGAUGGUGCUCUUGUUGUUGUAGAUUGUGUUAGUGGUGUCUGUGUCCAAACCGAAACUGUGUUGAGGCAGGCUAUUGCUGAGCGAAUUAAGCCCGUUUUGAUGUUGAACAAAAUGGACUUGGCUCUUUUAACUUUGCAAUUAGACCCUGAAGACAUGUACCAGGCUUUCCAGAGAUCUAUUGAAAAUGUCAAUGUAAUCAUUGCUACUUAUUCAGAUGAAACUGGACCUAUGGGAGAUAUCAGUGUCGAUCCUUCUAAAGGAAAUGUUGGAUUUGGAUCUGGUCUUCAUGGUUGGGCCUUCACCUUGAAACAGAUAGCUGAAAUUUAUGCUGAGAAGUUUAAAAUUGACGUUGAUAAGCUUAUGUCAAAAUUAUGGGGUGAGAAUUAUUAUAAUCCCAACACUAAGAAAUGGUCCAAGAAACCAGCUGAAGGUUACAAGCGUUCUUUUAACAUGUUUGUUUUGGAUCCUAUCUACAAGGUCUUUGAUGCUAUCAUGAAUUAUAAGAAGGAAGAAACUGCAAAAUUAUUAGAAAAGUUGAAUAUUGUGUUGAAAGGGGAUGACAAGGAUAAGGAUGGUAAGAACUUAUUGAAAGUUGUUAUGAGGACUUGGUUGCCAGCUGGUGAUGCAUUACUUCAGAUGAUAGCCAUUCAUCUUCCAUCUCCUGUAACUGCCCAACGAUACAGGAUGGAGUUGCUUUAUGAAGGUCCUCUUGAUGAUGAGGCUGCUGUUGCCAUCAAAAGUUGUGAUCCCAAUGGUCCAUUGAUGAUGUACAUCUCCAAAAUGGUGCCGACUUCUGACAAGGGUAGAUUUUAUGCAUUUGGUCGUGUUUUCUCUGGAACUGUUCAGUCCGGACAGAAGGUUAGAAUCAUGGGUCCAAAUUACAUCCCUGGCAAGAAGGAUGAUCUUCACGAAAAAAGUAUUCAGAGAACUGUCAUUAUGAUGGGACGAUAUGUAGAACCUAUUGAAGAUGUCCCAUGUGGCAACAUCUGCGGUUUGGUAGGUGUAGAUCAAUUCUUGGUCAAAACUGGUACCAUCUCAACAUUUAAGGAAGCCCAUAACAUGAGAGUGAUGAAAUUCUCUGUGAGCCCUGUUGUCAGAGUUGCAGUAGAACCUCAACAUCCAUCCGAUUUACCCAAACUUGUAGAAGGUUUGAAACGAUUGGCCAAAUCUGAUCCUAUGGUCCAAUGUAUUAUUGAAGAAUCUGGUGAACAUAUUGUUGCUGGUGCUGGAGAACUCCAUCUUGAGAUCUGUCUGAAGGAUUUAGAGGAAGAUCAUGCUUGCAUUCCACUCAAGAAAACUGACCCUGUUGUAUCAUACAGAGAAAGUGUACAAGAGGAGUCAAGUAUCAUGUGCUUGUCCAAGUCUCCCAAUAAGCAUAACCGUCUCUACAUGAAAGCUUGUCCAAUGCCUGAUGGCUUGCCUGAAGACAUUGACAAAGGUACAGUCAAUCCUAAGGAUGACUUUAAAGCUCGGGCUCGCUACUUGGUUGACAAGUAUGAAUGGGAUGCUACUGAAGCAAGAAAAAUCUGGUGUUUUGGACCUGAAGGAACUGGCCCUAAUCUUCUUGUGGAUGUAACGAAGGGAGUUCAGUAUCUGAAUGAAAUCAAAGAUAGUGUGGUUGCUGGAUUCCAGUGGGCUACUAAGGAGAGUGUCCUUUGUGAAGAAAACAUGCGUGGAGUAAGAUUCAACAUCUAUGAUGUGACGUUACACGCCGAUGCUAUCCAUAGAGGUGGUGGUCAAAUUAUUCCAACAGCUAGGCGUUGUUUCUAUGCUGCCAUGUUGACUGCUGAGCCUCGUCUUAUGGAGCCCGUAUACCUUGUAGAAAUUCAGUGCCCUGAGAGUGCUGUUGGUGGAAUUUAUGGUGUAUUGAAUCGUCGUCGUGGCCAUGUGUUUGAAGAAGCACAAAUUGCUGGCACACCUAUGUUUGUCGUGAAAGCUUACUUGCCUGUAAACGAAUCUUUUGGAUUCACUGCUGAUUUACGUUCCAAUACGGGUGGACAAGCCUUCCCACAGUGUGUGUUUGAUCAUUGGCAAAUUCUCCCAGGAGAUCCUUUGGAUGGCAAGUCUAGGCCUUACCAGAUUGUUAUGGAUACAAGGAAGCGUAAGGGAUUGAAAGAAUCUCUACCAGACCUUGACCAAUAUCUAGAUAAACUAUAAAAAGGACACUAAAUUAAAAGAAAAAAAUGCAUAAAACUAGACAGCUGAUCUUUGUAAAUGUGAUGGUGAUGAACUGAAUAAAAAGCUGGCUAGCAAA